AUGGAUGACUUGUCAAGCCAUUGGAAAUCCCUCUCACUAUCAGAGAAGGAAGGUCCAAGCCUAACCUUGAAGUCCGACCAAGCUACUACAGAGUUCUCCAUGAUGGCCCGAUUCCUCGUGAAACACUCUAUCAACCUCGACGCCAUUGCUAACACUUUCAACCCCCUGUGGAGAUCAAAAACAGGUUUUAGGAUGAAGUUCAUCGGAGACCAUCUUAUUCUUUUCUCCUUUGACUCCAAAGAAGAUGUUGACAGAAUCCUUGCAGCUAAGCCCUGGAGUUUUGACAAGCACAUCAUGGUGAUUUUGAGAUAUAACAACUCAGCUGUUGUUAAUAUCUCGGACAUGGCCACAGUGUCGUUCUGGGUGCAAGUGCACGACAUCCCACUACGCUUUAGAAAUAAAGAUGUAGCUGAAUAUAUUUACGGGGCUAUGGGCUUUGUUCUCCAACCUGAGAACUUGAAUGACUGCGACGGGGGUAGCUUUAUACGGGUUCGUGUAGCCUUAAACAUUUCCCUCCCUCUAUGUCAAGGUCGGCUUAUCACCCUAGACAACGAUGAGGUUCAUUGGGUCUCGUUCAAGUAUGAACGCCUCCCAAACUUGUGCUAUUGGUGCGGGUGCCUCACCUAUUCGGAUAAGGAUUAUGAAAGAUGGAUAGAAAGCGAAGGAUCUCAAAGUAAGGAAGACCAACAUUUCGGUUCUUGGUUGAGAGCAGCACCUUUCAUGGCCUCAAGAAAAAGCUUUCUCUCUGUUUCGGGCUUCUACGCUAGUAAGAAAGCUAGAAAAUCCAGUCAAACCCAUGCUGGAGCUCAAACCUAG